GGGGGGCCGCGGACGAUGGAGGAGCGGAAGGAGGAGGGCGAGGCGGAGAUCCAGGAGCACGGGCCCGAGCACUGGUUCUCCAAGUGGGAGCGGCAGUGCCUGGCCGAGGCCGAGCAGGACGAGCAGCUGUCGCCCGAGCUGCAGGAGGAGGCGGCGGCCGCCGCGCAGCCCGAGCACAAGCAGCAGAAGCUGUGGCACCUCUUCCAGAACUCGGCCACCGCCGUGGCCCAGCUCUACAAAGACCGUGUGUGUCAGCAGCCAGGACUUUCUCUCUGGGUCCCUUUCCAAAACGCAGCCACGGCCGUCACCAACCUCUACAAAGAAAGUGUGGAUACCCAUCAACGAAGUUUUGAUAUUGGAAUUCAGAUUGGCUAUCAGCGACGCAAUAAGGAUGUGUUGGCCUGGGUUAAAAAACGCAGAAGAACUAUUCGUAGAGAAGAUUUGAUCAGCUUCCUGUGUGGAAAGGUUCCUCCACCACGAAACUCUAGAGCUCCCCCAAGACUAACUGUAGUGUCCCCUAACCGAGCUACUUCAACGGAAACUAGCUCAUCUGUAGAGACUGAUUUGCAACCCUUCCGGGAAGCCAUAGCUCUGCAUGGUCUUAGUGGUGCAAUGGCUAGUAUAAGCGUGCGUUCGAGUACCCCAGGCUCUCCUACACAUGUAAGCAGUGGAUCGAAUGCUAGUCGAAGGAGAAAUGGACUCCAUGAUGUCGAUUUGAACACUUUCAUAUCAGAAGAAAUGGCACUCCACUUGGACAAUGGUGGAACUAGAAAGCGUACCUCAGCCCAGUGUGGCGAUGUCAUUACAGACUCACCAACCCAUAAACGCAACAGAAUGAUCUAAACUUGCAAACAUUUUCACACCCACCAUGCUGCUUGAAAGCCACCUGAUCCUCAACAUAUACCAUUUCCGCAAAGGAAACACGAGGCCAUCUUUCCUUGUUCACUGUUUAAUAAGAUGAGUGAAUUCUCUAGUGGUUGCCAUAAAGGAAGUUGUAGGUAUUGACAAUAGAUGCCUCUUGUUAACUAUGGCUUUCUCAGAACUUUAAUCCUAGCAGAGGACAUCAGAUAGUGAGUAGUCAUUAGCAAGAUCAUCAUAGGCAAACAUAUAUCCGUUCCAAGGCUAAAAGUGACCUUAAUUGUAUUUAUUCUCAAAGGGAAAGGAAAUAUCAGAUGUUUAUUUGGUUAUAGAAUGCUUCUUAUUUUUUGGUCCAUUUCCUGCUGUGUUGAGUAUUUUUGCUUCAGCAGUAUUGCUAGGUUCCCACAAUUGUCAAGAACACAAUUUGGCUUCCGUGUCAGAUCUGCAGGCUUCCAUGUCUGCAGCACACUGGUCCACGCACCUGGUUUCUACACAGUAACCAUGAAACUACUUCCCAGACCCUCCCGUUUUAGUUAAAGCAGUUUCUCAUGCUGAUGAUUGUGUGUAAAGAGGUGCUCUGAUGGUCAUGCAGUUAACUAUUGAAUCAAUACACAGAACUUGACUGGAUUCACUUUGUGUGUGUUAGUGCUCUAAAGAUAGCAAUAUCAUUAAACUGCCCCAAAUUAACCCUGUAGGCUUCAAAUACUCAGCUUUAAAACAAGUACUACUUUCUAUGCCGGGUACUUAUGGUUAAUGUAGACUGCAGUCAAGGUGACUUGAGAGGUCAUGACCUUUCAGAGUGGGCUUCCUUUUUUGUUUGGGAUUAGUGAGGAGAUUGAUAGUGGGGGUAGGUAAUUCACAUUUUGUUUUUCAUUUUUUUUGUGGGUGCCCUGCUGUGUGCAGUUUGCAUCGUAGUGAGUGAAAGACAAAGACAUGUUUUUUCUACUGCCAAUGUGAUGACAACUGAAUUAGCAAAGCCCAACUUUCCCUGUUGUUGUGUUCCCUCUCAGAAGUGCAGUUGGAAUCUCAUUCUGGAAAAGAUGAAAUUGCAUGAGGUUCCCUAAAUGUUAGGAAGACCUAAACAGAAGUUCUCAGCCAAGUCCUCUCUGGGUCAGUAUAAGACCUGGUAGCUACAAUGUUUUAGAGCAUGUUUCCUCUUCCUUUUUCCUCCCGUGAACUAAAUGAUAGUCUAAUUUUAGAUGGAGAACUGAUGUCAGCCUGCCAGGUACUGUAAUUUAUUCUAUAAUAUUCUAUAUCAAGUAGGACAGUGAAAAAUGUUUCCUUGCAAACUUGUAGUCCAGUAUCAGUUACUUACUGUUUUUAAUCUUUAAUGACCAUUGCAAAUCAGUGUAAGGUUUUUUUCUAGAAACUACAGCACUUUGUUGAAAGUUUGCAAUUUCUUCAGCCACUUAAUAAUACCUUUCUGUGAAGAGACCCUGCUAAACUGACUGGGUGGGAUGUGAAAGGAAUGAUGGGAAUGUGUGAAUUGAAGUUCUGUAUUCAUUAUAGAUAUUGCCCUUAUUUAAAACAGUGACGUCCAUUCUCAAAGUAGGAAUGAAAAGAGGUAUUUCUAAAUUUUUUCAAAAGUGAGAUUUUGUUUUGUCCUGUUUUGAAUAUCAGGAAGAAUUCUAGCAAUCUGUCAUGUGAACUGAAGUGUACAAGCCUAUGUAUUAUGAAUACUUGCAGGCUUCCCCUUUGGAGUGCGCCUUUGCUUGUCUGUUCUAAGCCCGGCUCUGGAACAGGGCUUUGGUGGUGGGCUGGCUGCUCACAAGAAGCCAGAACUCCUGCUCCGGAAGGAUUUUGAGAUUGAGGAACACAUAUUUAAUCUCCCCUUUCUCCCUUAAUUCUCUUUCCUCCUUCCAAGUUGGAUGCCGAUAUUUUUGGUUGUUUUGUUUAAGUUGGUGCUCUGAAGCUUAAUCCUAGUACCCUUUAUUCUCAAUUGUCAAAUUUUGAUAAAACAUGUGCCAUUUUCUUUGGUAAGAGAAAGCAGGUCUUAAUGUCUGCCAGAACACAAUUUAUAUGCCUAAUUAUUGGCUCCAUUAAACUUUUUAAAAACUUGA